AAAGCAAAACAACAACAGCAUAAUAAUAUUAUGCUCACUAUAGUCUAUAGACAUUAGACCAAACAAAAUUCAGACCAAACAGACUACUGACAAUAAAAAGGUUUCCAGGUUUAUUGUUAACAAAGAUUUGUCUUUAAUGGAAGUUUGUGUUGACUCAGUGCGUUCUGCGGUUGAAGCAGAAAGGGGUGGAGCAUCAAGAAUUGAACUCUGUGCAAGUCUUGCUGAAGGGGGGAUCACCCCAAGUCUUGGUUUACUUCGCGUAGUAAAAUCCACGAUAAAGUUGCCUGUUUUUGUUUUAAUUCGUCCAAGAGGAGGAGAUUUCCUUUAUAGCUCACAAGAGGUUGAUGUCAUUCGAGAAGACGUCAAACUCUGUAAGGAAAAUGGUGCCGACGGAUUUGUGUUUGGCGCCCUCACAAGCUCUGGCGAUGUAGAUCAUCAGAUUUGUAAAGAGUUUAUUGAACUUUGUCGACCCCUUCCAGUAACCUUUCAUAGAGCUUUUGAUAUGUGUCGUGAUGCAUAUACCUCACUAAGGGACAUCAUUAACUUGGGAUUUGAGAGACUGUUGACAAGUGGUCAGGAGACUUCAGCUCUUGAGGGGCUACCACUAAUCAAAGAGAUCAUUCAACAAGCUAAAAACAGGAUCAUUGUGAUGCCAGGUGGAGGAAUAAAUGAGCGAAAUCUUGACCGUAUUCUUACUGAAAGUGGCGCUCGUGAAUAUCAUUGUUCAGCUCGAAGUACAGAAGAUUCCUCAAUGGUGCACAGAAACAACAGGGUUGCCAUGGGAGCGUCUCUUAAAUCUCCAGAAUUCAGCUAUAAAUUUGCUGACAAGGAGCUGAUACAGACAUUGAAAGACAUUCAAGCUGCUGUCUAAGAUAAACUGAUUCUUUGAUGAGGAUUUCAUUUGUAGACGAGGAAGAACUGGACCCAUUAUAUUCAGAGGUUUCUGUUGUAGCCAUGGCCUAGUGGUUAAAGGCAGUGGAUACUAUUGGUAAAUACUCAAAAUAAUUAUCCUCAUAAAACCUUUCUUGAU